CGCCCGAAACGGCGCGCGCCCCUCGUCCGGGCGGCUUUCACGCCAUUCUUCCGUGUCACGCCCACGCACUUCCGUCUGAGGCGCGCGUGCCUCGAGCGCGGGCCCGGCUAAUCCCCGGCGCAUCUCGGGUCAUCUCGGGUCAUCUCGGGUCGCAUCCCGCAUGGCGCAGGCAUGCAUACCUCGAGCGCGGUCCCGGCCACCACUGCUGUGUCCUCGCCUUCGAUGACAUGGUGGUCCGCAGAGCCGGCGCUCGCGUCCACUUUGUCUACAACGGGUUUGGUGCCCACAACGGGUUUGCCGUCCCUCCCAGCCGCAGCCCGCUGGAAGGGACGGACUAUGAGUGUGCGCUCGCUUUCUCGCUGCCAAGCGCGAGCGAGCUGCCGCCCGGCGCAAAGCUGCCGCACGCCUUCUUUGCCGACGAGCGGCUGCACCUCGGCCCCCGGCUCGAGCGUGUCGGCUUCGUCUCCACGCCCCUCGGGCCCGACGCGUACGACGCCGCCGCUCGCGGAGUCACUUCGUGGUCGAACGUGCCAGAGUAUGCUCUCGGGCGGUAUCGCGACCCCGCGAGGCGCACGUGGGGGGUCGGCCCACGCCCCGAGGAACCGGGGGGCUGGGCGAUGCCUUAGAAGGCGGGCCAUCGGUGGCGCAAUAGCACAAUAUAGUUAAGAGUCGAGAGGUUGUGUGCAGAGGGCCAAGUCCAUCGAGAGCGCCUGGUCCUCCCUGGGGUGUAUAUGCAGAGGCUUUUUGAGCGGCUUUCUUUUUCGCGCUUUC